AUGCCUGACUCAAAAUCUACCUUUCAUCCUGCUCUUGCUGUAUCCAACAUCAAGAGUCAUGUCCCAAUCAUUCUUGAGAUGGAAAAUGUCCAAUACGCGACAUGGGCUGAACUUUUCAAAAUUCACACACAAUCCCAUAUGGUAAUUGAUCAUAUAAUUCCUCCGCAGGAUGGCAAGCAGAAGGCGCCACCAAUGGAGGAGGAGAUAGAACUCUGGUUAACACUAGACGCCACCGUUCUACAAUGGAUUUAUGCCACCAUUUCUCAUGAUCUUUUACAUACUAUUCUUGAACCCGACACCACGACAAUGGAGGCUUGGAAUAGGUUGUAUGAUAUAUUCCAAGAUAACAAACACUCUCGUGUCAUUACACUUGAGUAUGAUUUCACCCACACAACCAUGGAGGCCUUUUCAAGUGUCUCUGCUUACUGUCAACAUCUCAAGUCAUUGUCGGAUCAACUCAAGAACGUUUGCUUUCCAGUCGAUAACAGUAGGUUGGUUCUGCAAUUGGUGUCCGGUCUCACUGAACCCUACAAGGGAGUGGCCACACUCAUCCGUCAAAGUGACCCCUUGCCUCAGUUUUAUCAAGCGCAGUCGAUGCUUGUUCUCGAAGAAUCCGGCCUCAAGAAGGCGGCUCAGACCUCGUCCUCCGCCAUGGUGGUUCGUGACUCGGAUAAAUCUUAA